AUGAAAAUUCUCUUUUCGGGCGAGAAAUUCUUUGACAUCGAUGGUGUUUACAACGUUCAAAACGAUCGAAUCUGGGCACCCAAUCGUACCGAAGCUAACAAAAAAGGUGGAAUUAUGGGAAAAAGAAAGUUUCCUCAAAAGGUUAUGGUUUGGCUGGGCGCAUGCUCCAAGGGUAUUACUCCUUUAGUCAUUUUUGAAAAUGGAACCUUGGAUCAUGCCCGAUACAUUGAAGAAGUUCUUCCUGUGGCCCUUAAAUAUGCUAAUAAGACAUUCGGCAAUGAUUGGUUGUUUCAGCAAGAUGGAGCUAAGCCGCAUAUUCAUCAUUUAACUCAAGAAUGGUGUCGAAAGAAUUUUCCAGCAUUUCUGGAUAAAGACCGUUGGCCUGCAAAUAGCCCGGAUUUGAAUCCACUCGACUACUGUAUCUGGGAUGAACUAGCGGGAGCAAUGAAUUGGAAUCAAGUUACAUCAAAACAAACAUUGAUUGAAGAACUAAAACAUGGUUGGAGAAAAGUUCGAUCCGACGUCGUUUUGGAAAGUUGUAAUUCAUGGACUGCUCGUUUGUUAAAGGUUUUAAAAAACAAUGGAGAACAUUUGAAUAAAUAA